AAAUACUUAAUGCUCUGCAUUCUUCCUUCACAGUUACUAUAUUUUAAGUCACUCUCAGUUGCCUAGAAAUGAUAAGCAGCCUGAGUGUGUUUUGUAUUUAUUUGCAUAUCAUACAGGAGUUCAUGACCAAGUAUGGCCCACGGGAAGUUCUUGCUCCAGAGUCAUAGUACACGUGGAUCUGGAUUGCUUUUAUGCACAAGUAGAAAUGAUCUCAAAUCCAGAACUAAAAGACAAACCUUUAGGGGUUCAACAGAAAUAUUUGGUGGUUACCUGCAAUUAUGAAGCUAGGAGACUUGGAGUUGAGAAACUUAUGAGUGUCAGAGAUGCAAAAGAAAAGUGCCCACAACUGAUACUGGUUAAUGGAGAAGACUUGACCCGUUACCGAGAGAUGUCUUACAAGGUUACAGAAUUGUUGGAAGAAUUUAGUCCAGUUGUUGAAAGACUUGGAUUUGAUGAAAAUUUUGUGGAUAUAACAGAAGUGGUUGAAAAGAGACUCCAGCAGCUUCAAAGUGAUGACCUUUCUUCAGUGUCGGGUCAUGUGUACAAUAAUCAGUCUAUCAACUUGCAUGACAUCUUGCACAUCAGACUGCUUGUUGGAUCUCAGAUUGCAGCAGAGAUGCGGGAAGCCAUGUUUAAUCAGUUGGGACUCACUGGCUGUGCUGGCGUGGCUUCUAAUAAACUAUUGGCAAAAUUAGUUUCUGGCAUCUUUAAACCAAAUCAGCAAACAGUCUUGUUACCUGAAAGUUGUCAAGCUCUUAUUCAUAGUUUGAGCCACAUAAAGAAAAUACCUGGUAUUGGCUAUAAAACAACCAAACGUCUUGAAACACUGGGUAUCAAUAGUGUGCAUGAUCUCCAAACCUUUUCUUCCAAAAUAUUAGAAAAAGAAUUAGGAAUUUCAGUUGCUCAGCGUAUCCUGAAGCUCAGUUUUGGAGAGGAUAACUCUCCUGUGACACCCUCAGGACCACCUCAGUCUUUUAGUGAGGAAGAUUCCUUUAAAAAGUGUUCAUCAGAAGUUGAAGCUAAGAAAAAGAUCGAAGAACUUCUUGCUAGUCUUUUGAACAGAGCAUGCCAAGAUGAAAGGAAGCCCCAUACCGUAAGAUUAACACUCCGUCGGUAUUCAUCUGAGAAGCAUUAUAGCCGUGAGAGUCGUCAGUGCCCUAUUCCAUCUCAUGUAAUUCAGAAGUUAGGGACAGGAAAUUAUGACGUGAUGACCCCAAUGGUUGAUAUACUUAUGAAGCUUUUUCGAAACAUGGUGAAUGUGAAGAUGCCAUUUCACCUGACCCUUCUAAGUGUGUGCUUCUGCAACCUUAAAGCCCUGAAUACCACUAAGAAAGGGCCUAUUGAUUAUUAUUUGACCCCAUCGUUAUCAACAACUUCACGCUCUGGCAAGCGCAGUUUUAAAAUGAAAGACACUCAUAUCGAAGACUUUUUCAAAGACAAAGAAACAAACUGGGAUGUUCUACCAGGUGGAAGGACUGAAAGUACAAGAACUGGGGAGUCUCCGCUAGAUACUACAAAUUUAUCUAAAGAAAAAGACAUUAGUGAAUCCCCACUCUCUUCACUUCCUGAGGGUGUUGACCAAGAAGUUUUUAAGCAGCUUCCAGUAGACAUUCAAGAAGAAAUUCUCUAUGGAAAAUCUAGAGAAAAAUUGCAAGGGAAAGGAAGUUUGAGUUGUCCGCUGCAUGCCUCUAGAGGAGUAUUAUCUUUCUUUUCUACAAAACAAAUGCAAGAUCAUCCCAUAGGUCCUAGAGAUCGUUUAUGCAACAGCAAGCAGGUAUCAUCAGUAUCUCCUUGUGAACCAGGAACGUCAGGCUUAAAUAGCAGUAGUUCUCCUUACCUGUCUAGCCGAAAGGAUUAUUCAUAUUAUUUAGAUAAUAGAUUAAAAGAUGAACAAGUGAGUCAAGGACCUAAAGAUCCUCAAGGAUUCCACUUUCCAAAUACAAACCCUGCUGUAACUGUUUUCCAUUCAUUUCCAAAUUUGCAGAGUGAGCAACUUUUUUCUAAAAACCGCACUACAGAUAGCAAUAAGCAAGCGGUAGCAACAGUCUCUCAUCUUGAAGGACUUGCAGACAAUACAGAGCAUGAUUCUGUUGAGGAGAAAAUUACUUUUCCUUCUGACAUUGAUCCUCAAGUUUUCUAUGAACUGCCAGAAGAGGUACAAAAGGAACUGUUGACUGAGUGGAAGAGAACAGGAUCAGAUUUUCACACAGUACAUAAAUAAGCAAGGGACGCACCAUUGUUCUCCAUGUAGCAGUUUAUUAGACUCUCCUGAGUGAAACACUGAUAGAUACUCAGUAAUGUAGACAUCCAGUGUAAAGGGUUGCAGAUAAAGCAGAAUAGCCAUGGGAAGUAAAUUCUGGCACAAAGCAUACAGAUAUUCAUAACAAGAAAUAAUGUAAAAUAUUACCUUCCUUUUAUUUCUAAAACUAUUUUAUAUUGCUUUUCAAUAAAAAGAAUAUCAUGGUCAACACUAAUACAUUUUUUGUAAAUUGAGGGGAGUAGGUAUAUAUGCUUCUGUAUUAAAAAUAGCCAAAUCAUUGCUGUGCUGUAGUAAAGACCACUUUUACUUCUGUGAAAUACAGAAUGUCUCAAGAAAGUCUAUUAAGACAUAGCUAAAUAGUAAAUUCUGUUGCCAACUAACCUAUUAAAAUAUAGGUAUCUUCGACUGAAGUACGA